AUGCGAACGAAUUCGACGAACUUUGCCUUUCGCAAGGACGGGAAGCUCGGUGCUAUAACUGCUAGCAAUGGCGACAGUCUUUGGGAAAACCCCGCGGGCCUGGGAAUCCCCGAGGAUCCAGAUCGAACCUACCAGUUGUGGCUGGUUACGCAGCUGUGGAGGACCCCCACGGAGCAAAAGGAGGCAUUCUCAUGGUAUCACAUCUAA